GGACUCAGACACCGGCUCCUGAGCCCUUCUGGCCGCCGCGGGGCUGAGGAAGGGCUGCCUCGAUUUCCCUGGGGGGGUCCCGGGAUCUGAAUGGAAGGCCAUGACAUGUGCACGCAGGAAGCUUUCCAAGCCCAGAGGAGCCGGCUGGUGGGGCUGCUGGGCUCGGGGUCCCUGGAGGCCUUCGAGAGCGUCCUGGACUGGCUGCUCUCCUGGGACGUGCUGUCCUGGGAGGAAUAUGAAGGCCUGCACGUCCUGGGCCAGCCCCUCUCCCACUUGGCCAGGUGCCUCCUGGACACUGUGUGGAAUAAGGGUGCUUGGGGCUGCGAGCAGCUCCUGGCGGCGGUGCAGGAGGCGCAGGCCGAUGGCCGGUCCCCCGCGCUGCAAGGCCACUGGGACCCCCACCCCCCGCAGGCGCGGAGGCUGCUGGACCUGGCCGCGGUGAAGGCCAACGGGCUGGCCGCCUUCCUCCUACAGCACGUGCGGGAGCUGCCGGACCCGCUGGCCCUCUCUCUCGAAGGUACAUCCCUGUUUCUCUUAGUCCACCUGCCAGGGAGGACAGCGCUGUGCACUGCGUGGGACUUCCUCUUCGUCUUCCCCUUCAGCUGCCGGCAGCUGCAGCGCCUGGCCAAGCCCCUGUCCGUCCGCGCCCUGCUCUUCGAGCACUGCUGCUGGCCCGACCUCGGCCAGGAGGAAGUCUACCAGUUCCUCCUCGCCCACCCCGAGCGCGUCCUCCUCACCUUCGAUGGCUUUGACGAGUUCCGGUUCAGGUUCACGGACGGCGAGCGGCACUGCUCCCCGACCGAGCCCACGUCGGUGCAGAACCUGCUCUUCAACCUCCUGCAGGGCAACCUGCUCAAGAACGCCCGCAAGCUGCUGACCAGCCGCCCGGACGCCGUGUCCGCUGGCCUCCGCCGCUACGUGCGGGCCGAGCUCCACCUCAGGGGCUUCUCGGAGGACGCCGUGGGCGACGUCGGCGUGGAGCAGCUGCUGCCCUGCCUGGGCAUCUGCAAGGCUCUGUACCUGAGAGAUAAUAACAUCUCGGACCGCGGCAUGUGCACGCUCGCCGAGCACGCCCUGCGCUGUGAGGAGCUGCAGAAGCUCGCUUUAUUCAACAACAAGCUGACGGACGGCUGUGCCCAGGCCCUGGCGCGGCUCCUGGAGUGCCGGCAGAACUUCCUGGCACUGAGGCUGGGGAACAACCACAUCACCGAGGCGGGGGCCCAGGUGCUGGCCCGGGGGCUCAGGGCCAAUGACUCUGCUGGCUUUUUCAGGUUCUGGGGCAACGAGGUGGGGGACAAGGGGGCGCAGGCCUUGGCGGAAGCCCUGAGCGACCACCAGAGCUUGAGAUGGCUCAGCCUGGUGGGGAACCGCAUUGGCAGUGUGGGUGCCCGAGCCUUAGCCUCGAUGCUGGAGAAGAACAUGGCACUGGAGGAACUCUGCUCACUGGGCAUCUCAGCAGGAGAGGGGCGUGAGGAGGGGUGGCGGGCGGCUUUAUCAGUCCGGCCAACUCCUAACGCCUCCUUCGACAGGACAGGCCCACGGGGACAACGGAGCAUCUGGGAAGCUCACCGGUGCCUCUUCCUCCGCAGGCUGUCCAACAACCGCGUCACCUACCGAGGCGCGGAAGCCCUCCUGCAGGCCCUGGAAAGGAAUGACACCGUCCGGGAAGUCUGGCUCCGGGGAAACGCCUUCUCUCAGGAGGAAAUGGAGACGCUGGGACUCAGAGACGCCAGGCUCCUGCUGUGAUGUCUCCGACCCGAGGAUCCCCUCGGUGUGUGUGAGAGCAGCCAGGCCGGGCCCCAGGGGCUGGAUGACACCUGCAACUGGUCUAGAGUGACCCGCCCGGACGGAGCCCUGUCCUGCCCAGGCCAGCUCAGCAGUGACCUUUGUUCUGGCACAGAAGGGGCGCCCGUGCCCUCGGAGUGGACAUCUCCACGGUCCCCGUGGGCCACCGAGUUCUUCCCACGCUUCACGGCUGCAGAGAGGAGCAGCCCCUACGUGUGGUGGGGCGGCCUCCGGCGGAUGCAGCGCAUCAGGAGGCCCACGAAGGCUACCGAGAGCCUAUUGGUGGGGACCUGGAUCCCCCUGAGGAGCCCCUUCCCACGCCUCUCGCAAUGGGGGCCGGGGGUGUUCAGGGAGAAACCCUCUUUUUUUGGUAUAUGUUGUUGUUGAUUUCAGAGAGAGGAAGGGAGAGGGAGAGAGAAACAUCAAUGAUC